CACAAUAUGACCACAUACCGAUCCAUAUUCAAGAAGGAUCUUUUCAAAGGCCAAGUCGCCUUAGUCACUGGAGGAGGCACUGGGAUUGGAAGAUGCAUCGCGCAUGAGCUCGCAAGUCUGGGUGCCACUGUGGUAAUCGCAGCGCGAAAAAUAGAUCAAUUGCAAGCUGUUCAGAACGAGAUCCAAUUACUAGGUGGAAUCUGCGAUACGAUGCAGAUCAACAUUCGCGACGCCGCCAUGGCCACAAAGCUGAUCGAAAAUAUCGUCAUCAAGCAUGGGAAACUCGACUGUCUGGUCAAUAAUGCAGGCGGUCAGUUCAUGUCGCCAGCAAGUAUGUUAAGCUCCAGGGGCUUCGCUACUGUGGUGGAUCUGAAUUUAAACGGAACUUUCAAUAUGUGCAAGGCGGCGUUUGAUGGAUACAUGGGCGAGCAUGGAGGCCGGAUUGUGAAUAUCGUAGCGGACACCAGGAACGGUAUCCCAAGAGCCAUGCACACCGGCGCAGCGCGUGCUGGAAUCAUCAAUAUGACAAAAACUUUAGCUGUUGAGUGGGGACCCUAUAAUGGUAUUCGCAUCAAUUGCGUUGCACCGGGCCUGAUUGUCAGCUCUGGGAUGAAGAACUAUAACGAAGAUAUGGUCAACAUGAUGGCAGAAGCCAGCUGGAUGAACCCAAGCAGCCGGUUUGGAACGGAAUCGGAGGUUUCUGCAGCAGUCGCGUUUUUGCUCUCUCCUGCCGCGUCUUACAUUAAUGGUGUAAAUCUGGAGGUCGACGGCGCAAGUUCUUUGAGCAAGGGUAAUCCCGAAGGAGAUGAGCUGAAGUACAAUCCUGACGGUAGUCUACAUACGGCUUAUAUUGGGUGGCCAGAAGGGGCCGAUAAUGUCCAUGGAAUCAGGCAUGUAGAUGCGCCAGUCAUGGUGAACGAGUUGCUGAACAAAUACAAGAAGAUUCGCCGGAGCAAGAUAUAACCAAGAUUUGUCGCGUUCCUCUACAGGGACGUGUAGAAGCAAAAAAAUAAUAAACAACGAAAACGACCACGGCCAAUGAGGUUCACCACUGCACAGAAACAGCCAAUAUCUUGUCCCUCGUUCUUUAUCCCUUUUUCUUCGCCAUUCUGGUCACUCCAACCUCGGACCAGAAGUAAGAGACUCAGCCAGUACGACUACCAUCACUACCAGCUCUGCCUCAGAAUCCUGGGAGCGCAGGGCGCCU